AUAUAUUAUAUAUAUAUAUUAAUUAUAUUUUGGGCCAUGACGUGCCUUGUGGCCUACCACCAUUACAAAACCGAGCAAUUUAAGCCUAUGAAUUCUCCCCCUUGCACUUUGCCUCUUCUCCAUUACCUACCAAAACUAUCCCCUCAAACUACACAAAGAAUCAUGUGGCCACGUUCCUUAACCCAUCUUCCUUCCUGAAAUGUAUGUUUGUGUGUAUAUAUAUAUGUGUGUGGAUAUAUCUAAGAACUGUUUACCCCCAUCUUCAUUGUUUUUCCUUCCAAAUUCUAAUGGAGUCCGUUGCCUCUACUUCGUCCCUGCAACACGUUCCUCGGUUCAAGCCCUCCCCAGCUGUGGCCGACAGGAUUGUUAGAGCUCUCCACCAUCACCUCCGUCUUCUUCACCGCUCUGGUUCUAAUUUCUUUGUGUUGGGAGCCACAGGCAAUGUUUACAUUGUGUCCCUAUCCUCCACCCCUUCGUGCACUUGCCCGGAUCGUAUUACCCCAUGCAAACACAUACUAUUUAUCUAUCUUCAAGCCCUGGGUUUGUCGCUUGAUGACACAUGUCUUCGGCGAAGGACACUUCGACCUUGCCAAUUGAAUCGUUUGCUUGCUGCACCCAUAAUGUUAAAAUCACUUGCAGAAGUUGGUUUACGUGAUGUAUUUCAUCAACAAUUCUUUCAGGUAAAAGAAAGAGCUUCUGUAACUGUUGUAGAUAUGGAAGAUGGGACUACAUGUCCAGUUUGUUUGGAUGAUAUGAAGAAGAAGGAUCGGGUUGUUGCUUGUUCGACAUGUCGGAAUCUUGUUCAUGAAGAUUGUUUCUCGAGGUGGAAACGAAGCAAGGGAAGGAGAAGUGUUAGUUGUGUAGUUUGUAGGGCACGGUGGAAAGAUAGGAAAGACCAACAAAAGUACUUGAAUUUGUCUGCCUAUAUCAACGAACACGAUGCAAUUGACGACAAUCUCUAUAGUUGAAUGAACUUCAUAAGAUCUCAAAAUAAAAUGAUUGCGUAAGAUCAUCCUCGAGUAUUUCAAAA